AUGACUUCCUUCAAGCACGCCGACUACACAAUCGGCUGGAUAUGCGCCUUGCCGCUAGAGGUGGCGGCGGCUAGAGUCAUGCUAGACAAGAUCCACAACCCCCUGCCUCAGCCAUCAAGUGACUCGAAUGCCUACGUCCUUGGUGAACUAAACGGUCAUUGCAUUGUUGUUGCCUGCCUACCGACCGGCGUGUAUGGAACGGUAUCUGCUGCUACCGUUGUGUCCUACUUGCGUUCAACCUUUACUCGGAUCGAGUUUGGACUAAUGGUGGGUAUCGGAGGAGGGGUCCCACGAAGAAGCGAUGACAUCCGAUUAGGUGAUGUGGUGGUUUGCAAGCCGGUUGGGAAGCAUAGUGGGGUGAUCCAAUAUGAUUAUGGCAAGGCAGUUCAAGGCGGACAGUUCACGCCAACAGGCAGCCUGAAUAAACCACCACAGGUUCUUCUGACGCACAUGGCGCAACUUGAGGCAAAGCAAAUAACCAAAAGAGAAGCUGUUAUUUUGAGAAUUGUGGAAAAGGUCCUGGAAGAAAACCCUGAUAUGAAGGGCAGAUUUUCGCCUCCGGAUCAGCAAACUGACCUUCUCUUCUGCUCCUCCUAUCAUCACUCUCACAACGAAAAUGAUUGCGCGAACUGUGACAAAGCCAGAUUAGUGCACCGACAGCCGCGUGGUACAAGGGCACCCUAUAUCCAUUAUGGGUUGAUUGCAUCAGGAGACCAAGUUAUGAAGGAUUCUGAAACUCGAGACCGUCUAGCUGAACAGCAUGGGAUACUCUGCUUUGAGAUGGAGGCAGCAGGCCUUAUGGAUGGGCUUCCAACACUUGUGAUACGAGGCAUUUGCGACUAUUGUGACUCUCAUAAACUUAAAAAAUGGCAAGGAUAUGCAGCGCUUACUGCAGCAGCGUAUGCAAGAGUUCUUCUCUUGGGUCUUCCUGUUAGCCAAAAUGCCAGCUCUGUUGUAUCUCCUUCUGCCCACCGUGAUGAUAAUCUUGUGAAUCCGCCUUACUUGCAAGCUCUACAAUGUCCUGAUCCAUUUGUCGUUAAAAAUCGACUGAAGGAAAGCAAGGAUAAGUUGAUUUUCACUGCCAUUGAAUGGAUUUUUCAAAAUCCGGAAUAUUGCCUUUGGCAGAAGGGAGAUGAUGUCCGCCUCCUUUGGAUUAGGGGUGGUGCUGGUAAAGGGAAAACCAUGAUGACAAUUGGCAUUGUUGAGCAGCUCUCACAAGACGAAUCUUCAAUUGUCACAUACUUCUUCUGCCAGAAUGCUGAUUACGAGCUCAACUCUAUUGAAGGGAUCAUCAAGGGCCUCAUUCAGCAACUAAUACGGCAGCGAAAAGAGCUUCUGGAGUUACUUCAGCGCCGCUGGGAUGCAACCCAUGCAUGUUUCAAAGAAAACAUUUCUUCGUGGCGAAUACUCUGGGAUAUCUUCUUAGAGAUGAUAAACCAUUGUAUGCAUCAGAGAGUGUACGUAGUCGUGGAUGCUCUUGAUGAGUGUCGGAACGAGGGAAUGGCUGAGUUUUUGAGGAUUAUUGUUCGAACUGGACUUGAUUAUUCCAACGUUAGAUGGCUGUUGACUAGUCGGCCGCUAGACGAUGCUGACCGUGAAUUGCUCACUACCACCGAACAGGUUGGAAUCGGCUUGGAGCUUAACUCGGACCACCUCGAGGUAGCCAUCAAAACCUAUGUCAGGCACAAGGUCGGUGAUCUCUACCCGGUUCACUGCUAUGGGCAGCAAAUGCCACAAAAACUACAAUCUGAACUGCUGAAACGGGCUGAAGGAACAUUUUUAUGGGUCGGCCUGGCAUGUAAAAGGCUCGAGAGUGAUGGGAGUGGCGAAAGACUUCCUCCAGGUCAGGCGUUGCUGGCAAUUCAAGACUUGCCACCAGGGCUGCACCCCUUAUAUGAGCGGAUGCUUCAGCAGAUUCUUAAAGGUCAAGCAGCCACUGUUCAUGCCUGUCUGCGGCUCCUUAAGGUCAUGAUGCUGGUCUAUCGGCCUCUGAAAAGGGCGGAAGUAUUCAGUGUGACCGGUCUCUCUGAGAGCGAGAUCAAAACUGAUCACAUAGUGGACCGAUGUGCAUCGUUCAUCAAAAUGCGAGGUACUACCAUCGAAUUUGUCCAUCAAUCAUCUCGAGACUUCUUAGCUGAAUUACCUCGGCUCGACUCUUAUGACCAAUAUGGACAUGGGGAUAUUGCUUUAAGCUGUCUAGCUUAUAUGUCAACAAUCCUAGUGCCUAACCUUGUCAGGUUACCGCUGCCUAAUUCGGGCCGACGAUUAAAGUGUCUGGAAGAAAGGGAUUCUGGUGAUAAGGAUGCAGUUCUGGAGACACUGGAUUAUGCUGCUACCCUCUGGGUGGAACACCUCGAAGCUGCAAAGCACACUACACUGUUGGGAAGCGCUCUGGAUGACCGAGGAGAAGUUAUGAUGUUUAUCCGCCUGAAGUUUCCAGAGUGGCUGGAGUGCCUAAGCUUACUAGAUAGGCUGCCACGCGCCAUAAUAUCUCUAGGGAUAUUAGCGAGAACUGCUGAAAACCCCUCGUUACAAGCUCUGGUGUAUGACGCUAACCGGCUUUUAAUGCGUCACUACCAAACAAUAUCAACCUGGCCACUCCAAAUAUACAGCUCUGUGAUUGUUUUCAGCCCGGAAAGAUGUCUCGUCAGAGAUAAAUAUAACCUCAGGAAGGCUUUUAAGUGGCUAAGAAGAAUCCCGCAAGUGGAAAGGAUAUGGGAUCCUUUACUUCAGACUCUGGAAGGUCAUUCGGGCCAUGUUACAGCUGUGGCAUUUUCUCCAGAUGGCAAGCGGAUUGUUUCAGCAUCUGUUGACACAACUAUCCGGCUAUGGGAUGUCAGCACAGGCAACUGUAUAAAGAUUCUAGAGGGCCACUUGGGCUGGGUUGAGGCUGUAACAUACUCCCCAGAUGGCAAGCAGAUUGCUUCAGCCUCUAUGGAUAAAACAAUCCGGCUGUGGGAUGCUAGUAUAGGUGACCAUCUAAGAACUCUAGAAGGCCACUUAGACGGGGUAUCAGCAGUAGCAUUCUCCCCAGAUAGCAAGCAGCUUGCUUCAGCCUCUAUAGAUGAAACAAUCCGGCUGUGGGAUGCUAGUAUAGGUGACCAUCUGAGAACUCUAGAAGGCCACUCAAAGGGAGUCUUAGCUAUAGCAUUCUCCCCAGAAGGCAAGAAUAUUGCUUCAGCCUCCUUUGACACAACAGUCCGGCUAUGGGAUGCUAGCAUCGGCAACUAUCAAAAAGCUCUAGAAGGUCACUCGGGCCAUGUUACAACUGUGGCAUUUUCUCCAGAUGGCAAGCGGAUUUUCUCAGCAUCGGUUGACACAACUAUCCGGCUAUGGGAUGUCGGCACUGGCGUUUGUCUAAAAAUCCUAGAAGGCCAUAUCGGCCGGGUUUGGAGUAUAUCUCUCUCUCCAGAUGGCAGGCAGAUAGCCUCAUCCUCUGGCGAUAAAACAAUCCGGCUAUGGGAUACUACUACGGGUGACCAUCAGAAGACUCUAGAAAGCCACUCAGACGGGGUAGUGGCAGCAGCAUUCUCCCCAGAUGGCAAGAAGAUUGCUUCAGCCUCCUUUGACACAACAGUCCGGCUGUGGGAUGCUAGUAUAGGCGGUCACCAGAAGGCUCCGGGUGGCCAUUUAGUCCCUGCUAAGGCUGUAUUAUCCUCUCCGGAUAGCAAACAGAUCGCUUCAGCGUCUUUACACGGAGAAUAUGGCCCGUGCGCACCCGGAUUUCUGAAAGCUUUCGGAGGCCACUCAAACUUAGGUUGGGCAGUAGUAUUCUCUCCAGAUGGUAGGAAGAUUGCUUCUACCUCUACUGACACAUCCGUCCGGCUAUGGGAUCCUAGCACAGGCAACCAUCAGAAGACUCUACACGGUCAUUUGGACUGGGUUAAGGCAAUAGCAUUCUCUCCAGAUAGCAGGCAGAUUGCUUCAGCCUCUGAUGACAAAACAGUCCGCCUCUGGGAUAUAAGGACAGGCAGCCAUCUAAAAACUCUAGAAGGUCACCUAGACUAUAUUGAGGCUAUAGCAUUCUCUCCAGAUGGCAAGCAGAUUGUUUCAGCCUCUGAUGACACAACAGUCCGCCUCUGGGAUACAAGGACAGGCAGCCAUCUAAAGACUCUAGAAGGGCACUCAGGAAGAGUGUGGGCUGUAGCAUUCUCUCCAGAUAGCAAGCAGAUUGCUUCAGCCUCUGAUGACACAACAGUCCGCCUCUGGGAUACAAGGACAGGCAGCCAUCUGAAGACUCUAGAAGGGCACUCAGAAACAGUUUGGGCUGUAGCAUUCUCUCCAGAUGGCAAGCAGAUCGCUUCAGCCUCCAACAAAGGUAUCAAACUGUGGGAUGUUGAUGCCUCCCUGCGCUCGGUAAGACUAUUCGGAAGGUCUUUAGGCGCUCUCCGCAAAUUUCGGGAAUUGCGCCAUGAUAUUGAAAUGCCAAAUCCAGUUACAGCUCUAAGUUUUUCAGAAGAUGGCCAAUUUGUCUCGACCAACCUGGGUGUUAUUAAGCUGGGUGAUACUGACUUCAAUGGAGGCCUUUCCGUCAAACACGGCUGGAUAUGCUAUGGAAUGGCACCAGUAUUGCGACUCCAAACAGGUCUAACGCCACGUUGUUAUGAUGUCCGAGGCGAGACUAUUGCAAUUGUCUUUACAUGUGGUCUGCUUUUGUGCUUUGAGUUUGAUUGUGGAAUGUUGAACCAAUUAUAUAACUCCUGUUACGAACAAUGA